AUGGGUGCCUGCAUGAGUUCAAACAAUGAAGAGGUGGAACAGAAAAAGAAGAGCCAGGCAAUCGAUCGACAGUUGGAGGAGGAUUCUAAGAGGUUACGCAGAGAAUGCAAGAUUCUCCUGCUCGGAUCCGGAGAGAGUGGUAAAUCCACGAUAGUCAAGCAGAUGAAAAUCAUCCAUUUGAAAGGCUACUCAGAAGAUGAACUUUACAACUACCGCCCGACUGUGUUCAAAAACCUGGUCGAAUGCGCGAAAGCAGUGAUCCAGGCAAUGCGACAAUUCGACAUCGAACCGGUAAUUGAAGAGAACAAGGCGUAUGCCACUUUCCUCAUGGAAUACACAGCCGAGUCCGGCCCCCAAGCACACAUCGAUCCCCAGAUUGGAAUCGCCAUCCAGUCAAUAUGGAGCGAUCCUGCGCGGGAACAGCUUAUGGAGAGGCAGACCGAGUUCUACUUGAUGGACUCAGCAGAGUACUUCUUCCAAGAGGUCAUGCGGAUCGUCGCACCAGAUUAUCUCCCGAAUGAGAUGGAUGUCCUCAGAGCCAGAACCAAGACGACUGGUAUCUACGAAACGAGAUUUCAGAUGGGACAGCUCAGCAUACACAUGUUUGAUGUUGGUGGUCAAAGGAGUGAGAGAAAGAAGUGGAUUCACUGCUUUGAAAAUGUCACUUCGAUUAUUUUCUGCGUUGCUCUGAGCGAAUACGAUCAAGUUUUGCUGGAGGAGAGCAGCCAGAACCGAAUGAUGGAAAGUCUACUGCUGUUUGACUCGGUGGUGAACUCAAGGUGGUUCAUGCGCACGAGCAUCAUUCUGUUCCUGAACAAGGUGGAUAUCUUCAAGCAGAAGCUUGGGCGUUCACCACUGGGCAAUUACUUUCCAGACUACUCAGGCGGCAACGAUGUCAACAAGGCCGCUAAAUACCUCCUCUGGAGAUUCAACCAGGUCAAUCGAGCACACCUCAACCUGUAUCCCCACCUGACUCAAGCAACCGACACAUCGAACAUCCGACUCGUGUUUGCGGCAGUCAAGGAGACGAUCCUUAACAACGCUCUUCGGGACUCUGGAAUUCUAUAA